CAAACAAUUGCUGUGCCAAUUGAUGACUCAAACAGAUCAUAACGCCAGAUGAGGUGUUAGUCACAAAGAAUGUGGAACGCCUCUGUUCAAGUCCGGUUCCGGAGGUUUUAAAUUUCAGUACCCCCUUGUGGUCUUACUGUUCACUCAACUUAGAUUUUUGGGAUAUACCACUACUUCUUGUGCCCUCUAUUUUCUAACGUAACAGAAUACUCUUUCACCCUCUGUUCUCUUAUACCAAAUCUCACCAAAUGGCUACAUCUGCAAGGGACAUAAAUGUCCAAGAGGGAUUGAAUCUCAACCCUUCACAAAGCUUGAAUUUCUCCACCUCUCCUACCGCCUCUUUCCAGUCUGCUCCCUCCAGCCAUGGUGGCUCAGCUUUUGGAAGCCGUACGAUACCGCUAGCAAAUGCAAAGCAUCUGAAGCCGUUCGCCACGGAGGAUAUCAAGGUCCUGCUCCUGGAAAACGUCAACCAAACGGGUAGGGACAUCCUUACCAAACAGGGUUAUCAGGUGGAAUUCCUUAAAUCUUCCCUUCCGGAAGAUCAACUCAUCGAGAAAAUUCGAGAUGUACAUGUGAUCGGGAUUCGCUCGAAGACCAAGCUGAGCGCUCGUGUACUAAAAGAAGCUCGGAAUCUUAUUGUUAUUGGUUGUUUCUGCAUCGGGACGAACCAGGUUGAUCUACAAUAUGCAGCCGAACAUGGAAUUGCGGUCUUCAACUCACCGUUUAGCAAUUCCCGUAGUGUCGCAGAAUUGGUUAUAGCUGAAAUCAUUGCUCUUGCCCGUCAACUGGGUGACCGUUCCAAUGAGAUGCAUAACGGCACAUGGAACAAAGUGAGCAACAAGUGCUGGGAAAUCCGCGGAAAGACCCUUGGCAUAAUUGGAUAUGGUCACAUUGGCGCUCAACUGUCGGUUCUAGCAGAGGCCAUGGGCAUGUCUGUUAUUUUUUACGACGUAGUGAACUUGAUGGCAUUGGGUACUGCUCGCCAAGUACCAACCCUUGAAAUUCUUUUGUCUGAGUCGGACUUCAUCACGUGCCAUGUUCCUGAGCUCCCGGAGACACGGAACAUGAUAGGACAAGCCCAGUUUGAGCAAAUGAAACCUGGCAGUUAUCUGAUAAAUGCCAGUCGGGGAAGUGUCGUGGACAUUCCUGCUCUAAUCCAUGCAAUGCGGUCCGGCAAAGUGGCGGGUGCCGCUCUGGAUGUCUAUCCCAAUGAGCCAGCCGGAAAUGGUGAUUAUUUCAACCAAAGCCUCAAUGACUGGGCAACGGAUCUCAGGGGUCUCAAGAACUUGAUCCUCACGCCACAUAUUGGUGGUAGCACAGAGGAGGCGCAGCGUGCGAUUGGCGUUGAGGUGGCAGAAGCCUUGGUGAGAUAUGUUAACGAGGGCACAACACUGGGGGCCGUAAACCUGCCGGAGGUUGCUCUGCGGUCUCUGACGAUGGAUGAACCCAACCAUGCCCGAGUCAUCUUCAUUCAUCAGAACGUUCCGGGUGUUUUGCGAAAAGUCAACGAGAUUCUUGGUGAUCACAAUGUUGACAAGCAAAUGACUGAUAGCAGAGGUGAUGUGGCAUACUUGAUGGCCGAUAUCAGCAGUGUCGACAACAUGACAAUCAAGGACUUGUACGAGAGACUUGAAAGCCUCGGAUCUCGAAUUAUGACGCGCAUCUUGUAUUAAAGCGCCCCUCUCUUGUGCUUAUACCUAUGACUAGAAGGUAUAGGCGGGCAGGUCACCACCGAUUCUCCGAAAGGAUCUAGAAACGGGAGGGAAUCACAAACUUAGUUGCGAACCUUGUUCAUUUCUUAUGCGGCAGAGGUCCCUCAACGGCACUCGUCCAAUGAAGCUGUCAGUACAAUUUCCUCUUAAACUUGAUUCAAACCCGUGAUACGCUAGCGAGCUUUCUACGGGUUUAUCACUCCGACUCAAGAUUUCCUCGUGCUCCUUGGACAUGAGAGAACAAGUUAGCCUACAAUGCCAGCCUGUCGGCAGAACAUUCAACACCGCUGCUCCUUCUCUACUUUUAUUUCUAUUUCUAUUAGUAAUAUCACUUUCUUUCCGUUAUUAGCUAUCUUUCUCGCCAGUGUGAACGAGAAAGUGAUAAAACCACUUGAGCCCUUAUUUGAAUACAUGCUAUAUAUAGAAUUUAUGCCAAAAUAUUUUGCUG